UUUAAUAUCUCUCUCUCUCUCUCUCUCUCUCUCUCUCUCGUAGGCUCUAUAUGUGCCUUGAUUCCAAGGGACAUUUUGGCUAUCUAUAAUCCACAACAAUCCCGCCCUUCCUAGGUCGAACGUAUUUGCCUUCGGACACGACACCAGCAGAGACAUAGCACGAGAUUUGCUUCCGUUUCAUCUUCUGUAAUUAGGGAGUGAAACAUGGGUUACUGGACAUCCAAGGUUCUUCCCAAGAUCAAGAAAGUGUUCGAAAAGAAUGGGAAGAAGACUGCGGCUGCGGAGGCUUGCAAGUCCUUCGAUGAUUCUAAGGAGGACAUAAACAAGGAGUUUGAGGAGAAGAAGACACAGCUUCAGCCUAAAGUAGUGGAGAUAUAUGAGGCUUCCUCCACAGAAGUUAAGGCUCUUGUUAAGGAGCCCAAGGAAGUAGGAAUCAAGAAGAACUCGGCCGCCGUCAACGAGUUCCUAGGAGAGCUUGUGAAAAUCGAGUUUCCUGGAUCGAAGCCAGUAUCGGAAGCGUCGACAAAGUAUGGACCAGCCUUGGUAUCGGGGCCCGUGUUAUUUGUAUUUGAGAAGGUGUCCACCUUUAUAGUCACAGAGGAGAAGGAUGUUGAGGCUCCUCCAGCAGAAGCGGCAACUUCUGGAGAGGGAACUGGGGUGGUGGAAGAGAAGGAGGAUAUUGUCGCCGAAGAAGCAGCCGUAGAGGCCCCGGAGCCUGCCAAGGAGGCUGCAGAGCCACCGAAGCCGUGAGAAAGGAAAAAAAUUUAAAGGAACAGUAUCAUCAGUCAUUUAUAGUGAAACUCCCGUGCACAAGGUUUACGCAAUACCACGAUAAAAGCUGAUUUGUUAUUCUUUUGUUGCAUGUCCACCUCUUUUUCUUGUACCUUCGUCUUUAUUUUGUUUAUAUUUCGUGAAUCAAACAUGUAGCUCUUGUUUGGUUUUCGCUUUUCCCGAAUCAACCAAUUAGUUCGAUCGUCA